UUUGGCAUUCUCCAUCUCCACGAGCAGCGUGCCAAGUUUUGCACACCCAUUAGUUCACGCACUUGAUUUCUAUUCUGAAUCACGUGACCACAGAUCACGAAGGACCCGAGUCGCAGGCGGAAAUAAGAUAUUCCAGUCUCAGAAGGAAGUAAAAUUCAGCGGUCGGUACUUUAGACGGAGGUGCCUGGUUGAUUUUGUAUCGCCUUUCAGAAGGUCUAGAGUCCAUGAGUGAAGAAAAAGUACGCAUCAGAAAAAUGGCGCACGAGCACAGGAGCGAGCGGCUGUCCCUGGCGGCGGGGUUGGCCGUGUGCAGCUUGGCGGUGACCGUGGCCGUCCUGCUCGUGAGCUUCCUGCACAGCGGCGGCCUGGUUCGGCAAGACGACGUCGCCUCCCUGCGAGAGCGGCUUGCCUCGGUCGAGAAGGAGUUGGUGUACUGGAGAGAGAAGAGCCAGUCACUUCUGGAACGUGUGACAGUGGUGGAGACUAAGAUUCAAGACGGACUCUGGUCGGAACACAGUUCCGUACUCGACACAAAGGCCGAGGGCUCGGAGACUUUCGACAACGGUUCGGUAGGAGUCCAGAAGGACGAAGACUCGAUCCAGCGGAUGCGGUCAAAGAGGCAGGCUGUUGGGCAUGGCGGAAACCCGGAGAGAUUGCCAAUUUCAGGAUGUAUACAAGGCCCUCCAGGUCCCCCCGGGCCUGUCGGACGGGACGGUCGGGACGGGGUACAGGGACCUCCUGGUCCCCUUGGGCCUGUUGGACAGGACGGUCCAGACGGGGUACAGGGAUCUCCUGGUCCCCCUGGGCCUGCCGGACGGGACGGUCGGGACGGGGUACAGGGACCCCCGGGGCCUGCUAGCUGUGGCUGUUAUGGAGAAGAAGUGCCGCGGCGUAUAGCCGAUUUGGAACAUGGUCUUGCUGCGGUGGAGAAGAAGACUUCCCAGAUAGAGACGCGCUUGGUGUCCUUCAACAACACAGCGGUGGGAAGUGCGACCAACCCGGCAGUGUCCUGCAAGUACAUCAAGGACCAUGUGGACGGAGCGGAAGACGGACUGUACCACCUUCGCAGUCCGGGAGGGGUGGUGUACGAGACCUACUGCGACAUGACGACUGGCGGUGGCGGAUGGACUCUCGUGUCCAGCGUGCACGAGAACGACAUCUACGGCAAGUGUACCGCCGGGGACCGCUGGUCCUCCACCCGGGGAAGCACCACUAACUAUCCCGAAGGGGACGGCAACUGGGCUAACCACAACACUUUCGGCUCGGUGCCGCUGGCGACCAACGACGACCUCAAGAACCCAGGUUACUUCAGUAUUAAUGCCUCUGACGUAAUGCUGUGGCACGUGCCCAAUGACAAGCCGCUGUCCCAGUACAAGUCUGCCGCCUACCUGAGGUAUUACACAACCAACGGCUUCCUACAGCAGUAUGGCGGCAACAUGUACUCCCUCUUCAAGGACCAUUUUCCGAUUGUGUACAACGGUGGGACUACAGCCGACAAUGGACCGGCUAUUCCCAUCACAUGGGACAGAGGCAGUAAUGGGCUGAGGACUUCACUCCUUGCUCCAAACACAGUUUCACAGGUGACCCCAGGGUUUGUGCAGUUUCGUGUGUUCAACAAUGAACGCGCUCCCCUCGCUGUGUGCCCAGGAGUGAGGUACAACGGUGGUGAUUCAGAAGCUGUCUGCAUCGGCGGUGCGGCGUACUGGGAAGAAGCAGCCCCUCGGCAGUGUGGAGACUUCUCGUCCAAGGCCUGGGAUGGAUACGGAACCCACACCGGCUGGAGCAGCAGCAGGCUGGAACUGGAGUCAGCAGUUCUCUUCUUUUACCGCUAAAAUGAUUGCCGAGGAAGUCAGAUUACUAGUCUAUUAUUUCUCUGUGACAAUAGUGUGUGAAAAUCAGCUGGCUUGAACAAAUCAUCUUCAGGAAACUUUAUGUAAUGUUCCGUUGUGCCUUGUUGGUGCAAGAAAUGACUUGCAUUCAAACGUUUCUUAUCAUUAUGGUAUGCGUUAUGGGAUAUGUCAUGUAACAUUGUUAGAAGGCCUAAAGAUGAGUAAAAGGUAGGAUUUGAAUAGGAGAGGAUGUACAAAUGUCUCAGUAUACCAUAGAUGGAGUAAAGCAGAACAAAAGGGAAGCGUAAUGAGUAGAGUGGGAUAACUCUUUAGCUGAUUGACCUACUUUACACUGCAAUCAUUCCUCAGUAAGACAUCUGCAGCUGCAUGUGCUCUGUUAUAUCUGAUGUGUGCCAAAUCAGUGGAUGUAAUUUGAAAGUUUCCGUUAAUUCCUUUACUGUACGUACUCCUGAGUUGACUCCGUAGCCACUAGUAGUAAAGUCAUUGAAUGAAAACAUGGCGUGUCUGUUAUUACUGUUGUUUGCAGGUGGUUGUUUGACCGUCUGAU